AUGGCUAUUUUGGAAACCAUGUGCAAGGAAAAUCUGACUUCGAGUGGAAACCUGCUGGGGGAACAUCAUGAUAUCACUAUGGUAAGUAUGCGAAAUCUCGCUGUGGUACUUCGAAUCCUACGAAGGUACGAAGAUGCGGCAAGGAUGUUUCAAAAGAUAAGAAUUUUGAAAGAGAAUGUUUAUGGGAGAGAACAUCCAGAUACAUUGGUUGCCAUUUAUAAUCUUGCUAAAUGUCUGACACAAAUGGCAAAUGCUGAAGGAGAUACACUACAUGUAGAACGUUAG